AGCGACAGAAAAAAGUAAAAAGUGUUUCAAGUGAAAUAUUAGGAUGAAGAGUAUGGAAAUAAGAUGGAAAAUAUAUCAUCGAAUGCUACUUGCCUGGAAUGCUGUGAGCAGUCCUGUCCGUCUCCUGUCAGAACGGAUCCUGCAGAGCUUCAGGGAGCUCCAAGAAGGUCCAUCUGGAUAGCGGGGGCUCUGGAAGAAUACAACCAAGAGAUUUUUUAAAAUGAUAUUGUAUAACAUCAGAAGAAAGAUUAUGAUCAAAGUAUACAAAAGUCACAAGUGGUCUGGAGAAACAUCAGGAGUUUUUUCUUGCCACAUGAAAAAGGAGAACAACGAUAAUUGUGGAAAAAAACUCACACUUGCUAAAAGGAAAUAUUUUUCACAGCCUGCAUAAUUAGACUAAAAGUUUUUACUUUUUCAUAUAGUGGAGGUCAACAGCUCUGAGAUUAAGGAAAAAUUGUAGAUUUGUAUAGGUAAAAAUAUUACUGUUAUGAUGUUAAAAAACGUAUGAAAAGGGAUAUAGAAUUUCAAUCUUCAGAUUAGCUUCGGCUAAUUUUUAAUUUUUACAACUUGGGAGGAGAUUUUCAUUUUGUUUAUCCUGUAUGUGCCUUCUGCAAGUUUUAGUGCAUCUUCCUCCAAAGGCACUAAUGCUGAUCACUUCUGGAAACGGGAGACAGGACUAGCGGGGCUAUGCUAGCAUUUUCUGGCUGUCACCACGGCUCUCAUAUCUCUUCUGGUGAUUCUGUCCAGUUUCAGAGAUCAAAGGGACUGGAUGGAGCUUGUUUUCACGACUGACACCACUUCUGUGUCUGCCAUUAAUACAUGACAUUUUGGAAGUCUUCAUGAUACGAACGUGUAGCUUCAGUCAUGCUGCCCUUAACCAAAGGAAGCUAUUGGAAUUUACCUUUUCAAAGGAAAGGAGGAAGAACAGACAUGGCAGUGAAAACUUUCCUUCCUCCUGUGGAGAUGGUCCCAGCAAAUCAGAAAAGAGGACAAUUAAAAUCUUCAGUCUUGAUCUUGGAGGUAUAUCUGCUAUUGUACUGAAUGGCUAUGAUGCAGUAAAAGAAUGCCUUGUUCAUCAAAGCGAAAUUUUUGCAGAUAGACCAUCUCUUCCUUUGUUUAAGAAGCUGACAAACAUGGGAGGCUUACUGAACAGUAAAUAUGGCAGAGGAUGGACAGAACAUCGCAAAUUAGCCGUAAAUACCUUCCGAAUUUUUGGAUAUGGUCAAAGGUCCUUUGAACACAAAAUUUCAGAAGAAUCUAUGUUUUUUCUUGAAGCCAUUGAUACAUACAAAGGCAAACCAUUUGAUCUCAAGCAUUUGAUCACAAAUGCCGUUUCAAAUAUUACUAACUUGAUUAUUUUUGGAGAACGUUUUACAUAUGAAGAUACUGAAUUUCAGCACAUGAUUGAGAUUUUUAGUGAAAAUGUUGAAUUAGCUGCUAGUGCUUCUGUAUUUUUAUAUAAUGCUUUUCCUUGGAUUGGUAUCUUGCCAUUUGGGAAACAUCAGCAGCUGUUUAAAAAUGCAGCAGAAGUCUAUGACUUCCUUCAUGAGCUUAUUGAACGUGUCUCUGAAAACAGGAAGCCUCGAUCACCUCGACAUUUUGUAGAUGCAUAUUUGGAUGAGAUGGAUUGCACUGAAAAUGAUCCAGAAUCUACAUAUUCAACAGAAAACUUAAUUUUCUCUGUUGGAGAACUCAUCAUAGCUGGGACAGAAACCACAACAAAUGUUUUAAGAUGGGCAGUGUUAUUUAUGGCUCUUUAUCCAAACAUUCAAGGACAAGUUCAAAAAGAAAUCGAUUUAGUCAUCAGCCCAAACAAAAUGCCUACUUUAGAAGAGAAAUGCAAAAUGCCAUACACUGAGGCAGUUCUACAUGAAGUUCUAAGAUUCUGUAAUAUAGUUCCACUAGGUAUUUUUCAUGCAACUUCUAAAGAUACUGUUGUGCGUGGUUAUUCUAUUCCUGAAGGCACUACAGUCAUUACAAACCUCUACUCUGUUCAUUUUGAUGAAAAAUACUGGAGCAACCCAGAAGUGUUUUUCCCUGAGAGGUUUUUGGACAGCAGUGGGCAGUUUAUCAAGAAAGAUGCAUUUGUUCCUUUUUCACUAGGAAGACGACACUGUCUUGGAGAACAACUAGCUCGAAUGGAAAUGUUUUUGUUUUUCACUUCGUUACUUCAACGAUUUCACCUUCGUUUUCCUCAUGGUUUGAUUCCAGAUCUCAAACCAAGAUUAGGUAUGACAUUACAACCACAGCCAUACCUCAUCUGUGCUGAAAGACGAUGAAGAGGAGGGUCUAGAUUAUCAGGUGGUGUAAAAUGCUUGAAGUAGCCAUAGAUGAUCCACAUUGCCUUCUAUUUUCACACGUUUUCUUGUCAGAAGAGCAAGAAUUUUAAGGACUUGCAGAUAAAUUCUGUCUAUAUGUGCACAAGUUUAUGGCUUUUAUUUACUUGGUUUUCACACAAAAAAGAACACCUCAACCAAAAAUGUAAAACAUGUCCUGUGUUUAAAGUUGAUAUUUUCAUUCCAUCAGUCUAUUUGGAUUGUAGCUUCUGAUUCCAGUUUUAAACAUUUAAUUACUUAGCAAGCCAUUUUUACUUUGGAAGCAUAUUUUUUAUAAACAGGGAGAAUAUGGCUCAAAAUUUUUAUACUGGGACUCAUCUGUGGAAAUUUCACAAAAGUUACUCCAGCUAAGCUGUUCUUUGCAAUUUUCCAUUAAAUAUACAUAGCUAAAAAGGUUUGAAAGAUAUCUGUUUAAAUUUCUGUAAUUAAAAAUUAUCUAACUACAUCUUUUCCAGCCUUGACAAACGAUUUGUCAAUUCAAGACUUUUAAUCCUUCCUCUGCUUUGCCUCAUCUUCCCAGUUGUUUUUUUUUUUCCUCCAUUUUUCUUUCCCAGUUGAUCUUUCAUUUUCUUCAACUUACCAGUUGGUCUUUUCAUUUUUCCAGUUGGUCAUUUUCACCAGAAACUGUGAAUAUGGUUUGCAAGUCAUUACUGUACAGGGAGAAAUGGGGCCCCAGAACAAGGUUCAGAACAAAACCAACACUGAGCAAACAGUUACUUAAGGACAGGGCCAAAUAUGAGGCUUUGCUGUUUACACAGCUUAUGCUUAGACUUGGAACUACAAAGAAAACUUCUCCAACCACUCUGGGCCUGGAACCUUUUUCUGAAGGCAGGAAUUUGACAUUUUCUGCUGACCUGACAUGUUCAGCUGACGUGGUGCAGAAAUAUUUCCUUUGUUUUAAAACAGCAAAAGAGAACGAUCAAACAAAGCUAAUACCAUUCCACUUAUAUAAUAGCCUAAUGAUGAAACAGUGCUGCAGGUCCAAUUUAAAUUACUUUCUCUGUGGGCAGUCUGACCCACAUGUCCCACAGAGUAUCUCAACUCCCUGUUUCUGGCUGCUCUGAAGAAGGUGCUUGCUACUCCUCUUGCUGAAGAGCUGCCUUUCAGUAAAGAAUGGGUGAUUCAAAAAGGACGGGAAGGAUGUAACUCCGAUAGCUGUGUGUUGGGCACUCAGUAAAAAGCUGUGAAUACACGACUCUUAAGAGUGUGGCAGACAGUGGGCCCUAGGCGUGAGACAGCUGCUGAGGUUCUCAGUGCUGUCAGGAUUGCGACUCUGCUGGAUAGCUGCAUAAGCAGAUGUUGGGGGCUUAUGGAGUGUUAAUGUAAAAACGGUGGAAGCUAUAGAAAUUAGGUGCCUUCAGCGUGCACUUCUUCUCAUAUCCCACCUUGUACUCUUAGAUUAGCCAGAAUUUUGUAAGUAUCUAGGUUUGCCACCUGGGUAACAAGAACUCAAGGAUAUCCGUUAAUUAAGACAUGUUCAAAAUAAAUCUCAGUUAAAGGGAAGGAAAAAAAAAAAAAGCGAAAAAAACCCUAAGAGCCUAUUCUUGCAGGGCUAUGCAUAAAACACAGCUGGCUAGUGAUAAUUCCAUUUUGCUGAUGUAUAUUGAGAUAUAACUUUUGCCUAGUCUUUAAUUCAUUUAAUGAGAACUGUAUUGAUUAUGUGUCAUUCUGGUUUCUAAAUCAAAAUGCCUUAUAAAAGCCUUAGAAUAUCAAUCCAAACUUUUACCAUAUAUGCCAACUUACAGUCUCAUUAAGCAAUCAAAUACACUUGACAAACUGUCUUUUCUAUAAGCCUGUAUCAACAUGAGUUAUAGUAUACAAGUUUCAUUUGAUAUUAGUUUCUUCAUUAUUUUUCCUCACCUAUGACUGACGUAGAAUUAUCCUAAUGAUCCAAUUAAACCAUUUUAAAUAUUGACAUAUUAGCUUUUUCCAGUCCUCUAGAAUUUCUCCAUCAUAUCCUGAUUUAUUAGUGAUAACCUCAGUAGCCUAGAGACCUCAUCAGCCAGCCAGCUCUUCAGACUUCCUGGUGAAAGUUUUCUAGAUCUGAAAUACUUGUCAUAAAUGGCUACUAUUUAACAUCCUUUUGUGAUUAAGGUAUUCAUUAUGUGAUAAAAACACACUGGUUGGAUUUUUACCCAAAUACAGAAUAAGUAUGCAUCAAAUAGUUCAUCUUUUCAGCAUUUUUGUCAGCAUUAUUGCAUUCUAGAAAUUUCUGUGAUUCCCAUUAAGGAAUGGAUUUGUAUCAUCGAAAGGGGUUUCUUUGCAUUAUAUUUUUGUUUGUUUGGGUUUUUUUUCAUAAUAUGCUUAAAUGUUUGUAUGCUUUAAGAAAUCCUUAUCUUUCAGCUCUGCUAACUGUAAAUUUUGUUUCUAUCAAUCACUUUUAUUCCACUGUCAAUUUGCUAUAUUUCAAGGCUCACAGUUUGAAUUCAUUACUAUUCUAUUUUUUCCCCUCUAUUUGUUAUAUAUAGCAGAGCUAUUUAGGUUUCCCUGCCAAGUUAGAUUGGUUUGUUAAUCAGUAUAGCUUCUUCUUGUCAUAGAAUUUAAAGGAUGAAAAAAAUAUUAAACAAUGCAGUUAAUCCCUGCAUCAAGGUAAUACUGUUCCCAUUUUCAGGAGUACUUCCAAUCUGGUUUUAAAUGUCCCAGUGUGUUGGACUAAGACAAUACAUGCAGAUACUGAUGGAAAGAUUUCUUUAAUUGAGAUGAAGUUGUAACCUCUCAAUUUCUGUCUGUUAAUGCCAUAUACUGUGCUCCUGGUUUCGCAGUUUUCCUAAGUUUCAUUCCCCCAGCAUUUAUAGACUUCUCAUUUUUGCGUAGUUAGCUCUUUGCAUUCAUGGUGCUAAUUAGAACCAGAAGCAUUGCUUCCAGGUUCAGGUGUGUCAGAACCAAAAAGAAGAAACUUUCACAUACCUUCUGUGUAAGUCUGCUGAUAUACCCCAGUGCAGGAAAGGGCUUUUUUGCUGUCAACUUAGCUAGAAAUGCUUAUUCAAUUCACUUGUGCUGCUGUCAGUCCAUGGCUCCAUAGCAAUCUUCUUUUUUUCAGUUUGUUCACUUCAGCUUCUUUCCAUUGCUGUAAGAUUAUUUUCAUCUUCUUUGUCCUGUUUUUCUGUCUUGUUCAGUGUUUGUAAAUGCAGACUAGAUUCUGUGGUCUGCUCACAGGAAUAUGAAUUUUAGGAUUAAGACCUGAAUUUAUAUUCUUUACUUAGUCAAGUAUUUUAAUUUGUCCUCGAGUAAUAAACAGUGGUCUUUUCUGAGUGCAACCAGAGACAUUCUGUUAGUUGGAGAGUUCAUACACGGCUCACCAUUCCAUUAGUUUAUACCCUUCUAUAUCCCAUUCAAAAGUCUCCACAGCCAACUAUAGCGUAAUACUAGUAGGCAGAUUAUGAGCUGCUGUGACAUAGCUAGCUAGUUUAUGUGAAGCACCGUGAAGCUUGGCCAUCCUUGGCCAAGGGAGUCAGCCUUCCCAAAAACUGAAAAGGGAACGCUAGAACCCCAUCACAUCCGACACAAAGAAUGCUGAAGAAAUUCUAACUUUUCAUUUCCUGAACUUCCACUCAUUUCUGUGAUAUUGGUGAAUAAAAGCUUACUGUGAACCUAAUAAA